GGAAGUCUCGCGAGAUUUCUCUUUCUCGCGGGAAUGAUUUGAACGUUUAGGCGGUAAAGACUCCCUGGGCGCCUGGAGCCCCCGAAGGAGAUUCCGCGGAGAGCUCCGCCUCAGGGCUGGCGGGGGAGGAGGGCUGGCUGUAGCCGAGCGCGGGCAGUACUCGUUCCGGCAGUUUCCCAGAGCCAUGGGAGCGGAAAAGAGGCUGCUGUCGAUCAAGGACGCUUUUCGGCUGGCGCAGCAGCCGCACCAGAACCAGGCCAAGCUGGUGGUGGCUUUGAGCCGCACCUACCGCACGACUGAUGAUAAAACAGAUUUUCAUGAGAAGUUCGUUCAUUACCUUAAAUAUGCUAUGGUGGUCUAUAAACGUGAGCCAGCUGUGGAGAGGGUAAUAGAAUUUGCAGCAAAGUUUGUUACUUCAUUUCACCAAUCGGAUAUUGAAGAUGAUGAGGAAGAGAAAGAUGGUGGCCUUUUAAAUUAUUUGUUUACUUUUCUCUUAAAGUCUCAUGAAGCAAACAGCAAUGCAGUGAGAUUUAGAGUGUGCCAGCUUAUAAACAAGCUUUUGGGAAGUAUGCCAGAAAAUGCUCAGAUUGAUGAUGAUGUGUUCGAUAAAAUUAAUGAAGCCAUGCUUAUUAGGUUGAAAGAUAAGAUUCCAAAUGUGAGAAUACAGGCAGUUCUGGCGCUUUCACGACUUCAGGAUCCAAAGGAUGAUGAAUGCCCAGUGGUUAAUGCAUAUGCUACUUUGAUUGAAAAUGAUUCAAAUUCAGAAGUUAGACGGGCAGUGUUAUCAUGUAUUGCACCAUCUGCAAAGACUUUGCCAAAAAUUGUAGGGCGCACCAAGGAUGUGAAAGAGGCUGUCAGAAAGCUGGCUUAUCAGGUUUUAGCUGAAAAGGUUCAUAUGAGAGCUUUGUCCAUUGCUCAGAGAGUAAUGCUCCUUCAACAAGGUCUUAAUGACAGAUCAGAUGCUGUGAAACAAGCUAUGCAGAAGCAUCUUCUCCAAGGCUGGUUACGGUUCUCUGAGGGAAAUAUCUUAGAGCUGCUUCAUCGGUUGGAUGUAGAAAAUUCUUCUGAAGUGGCAGUCUCUGUUCUCAAUACCUUGUUUUCAGUGACUCCCCUCAAUGAACUGGUGGAAAUCUGUAAAAACAAUGAUGGCAGGAAAUUGAUUCCAGUGGAAACAUUAACUCCUGAAAUUGCUUUGUAUUGGUGUGCCCUUUGUGAAUAUUUGAAAUCAAAAGGAGAUGAAGGUGAAGAAUUUUUAGAACAGAUUUUGCCAGAGCCUGUAGUAUAUGCAGACUAUUUACUGAGUUAUAUUCGGAGCAUUCCAGUUGUUAAUGAAGAAAACAGAGGUGAUUUUUCCUAUAUUGGAAAUUUGAUGACAAAAGAAUUCAUAGGUCAACAAUUGAUUCUAAUUAUUAAGUCUUUGGAUACCAAUGAAGAAGGAGGAAGAAAAAAACUGCUGGCUAUUUUACAGGAGAUUCUUACUCUACCCACAAUCCCAAUAUCCUUGGUUUCUUUUCUUGUUGGAAGACUACUACACAUCAUUAUAGAAGAUAAUAAGAGAACACAAAUUGUUACAGAAAUUAUCUCAGAGAUUCGGGCGCCCAUUGUUACUGUUGGUGUUAAUGAUGAUCCAGCUGAUGCAAGAAAGAAAGAACUCAAGAUGGCUGAAAUAAAAGUUAAGCUUAUCGAAGCCAAAGAAGCUUUGGAAAAUUGCAUUGCCUUACAGGAUUUUAAUCGGGCAUCAGAAUUAAAAGAAGAAAUAAAAGCAUUAGAAGAUGCCAGAAAAAACCUUUUGAAAGAGACAGAGCAACUUGAAAUUAAAGAAGUCCACAUAGAGAAGAAUGAUGCUGAAACAUUGCAGAAAUGUCUUAUUUUAUGCUAUGAAUUGUUGAAGCAGAUGUCCAUUUCAACAGGCAUAAGUGCAACUAUGAAUGGAAUCAUCGAAUCUUUGAUUCUUCCUGGAAUAAUAAGUGUUCAUCCUGUAGUAAGAAACCUGGCUGUUUUAUGCUUGGGAUGCUGUGGACUACAGAAUAAGGAUUUUGCAAGUAAACACUUUGUAUUACUAUUGCAGGUUUUGCAAAUUGAUGAUGUCACAAUAAAAAUAAGUGCUUUAAAGGCAAUCUUUGACCAAUUGAUGAUGUUUGGGAUUGAACCAUUUAAAACUAAAAUCAAAACCCUUCACUGUGAAGGUAUAGAAAUAAACAGUGAUGAUGAACAAGAAUCAAAAGAAGUUGAAGAGACUGCUACAGCUAAGAAUGUGUUGAAACUCCUUUCUGAUUUCUUAGAUAGUGAGGUAUCUGAACUUAGGACUGGAGCUGCGGAAGGACUAGCCAAGCUGAUGUUCUCUGGGCUUUUGGUCAGCAGCAGGAUUCUUUCUCGUCUUAUUUUGUUAUGGUACAAUCCUGUGACUGAAGAGGAUGUUCGACUUCGACAUUGCCUAGGCGUGUUCUUCCCCAUGUUUGCUUAUGCAAGCAGGACUAAUCAGGAAUGCUUUGAAGAAGCUUUUCUUCCAACCCUGCAAACACUGGCCAAUGCCCCUGCAUCUUCUCCUUUAGCUGAAGUUGAUAUCACAAAUGUUGCUGAGUUACUUGUAGAUUUGACAAGACCAAGUAGAUUAAAUCCUCAAGCCAAGACUUCUCAAGAUUAUCAGGCCUUAACAGUACAUGACAAUUUGGCUAUGAAAAUUUGCAAUGAGAUUUUAACAAGUCCGUGCUCACCAGAACUACGAGUCUAUACAAAAGCCUUGAGUUCUUUAGAACUCAGUAGCCAUCUUGCAAAAGAUCUUCUCGUUCUACUGAUUGAGAUUCUGGAGCAAGUAAAAGAUAGGACAUGUCUGAGAGCUCUGGAGAAAAUCAAGGUUCAAUUAGAAAAAGAAAAUAAAGAAUUUGGUGACCAAGCUGAAGCAGCACAGGAUGCCAGCUUGACGACAACUAUUUUUCAAAAUGAAGAUGAAAAGAGUAAAGAAGUAUAUAUGACUCCUCUGAGGGGUGUAAAAGCAACCCAAGCAUCAAAAUCUACUCAGCAAAAGACUAACAGAGGACAAAGAAAAGUGACAAUUUCAGCUAGGACAAAUAGGAGACGUCAGACUGCCGAGGCUGAUUCUGAAAGUGAUCAUGAAGUUCCAGAACCAGAAUCAGAAAUGAAGAUGAGACUACCAAGACGAGCCAAAACAGCAGCAUUAGAAAAAAGUAAACUUAACCUUGCACAAUUUCUCAAUGAAGAUGUGAGUUAGGAAAGAUGAUGGAGGUGGAAUCCUUUAAAAUUAUGUCCAGUUACUUGCUUUAAUAAAGUUACCUUUGUCAAAAUCAGAAAAAA